UGACCCUGACGAUAAACACUCGUAGACCUGUUCCGCAUGUUAAUUACCGCGUGACUUAGGACGGAUAAAGACGCUUUGUUAAAGCAUAACACCCAAACAAAGUAUAACAAAUAAAUACAAUGUUAUUUGCUGUGGUUUUGGUGUCCGCGUUGGCUACUUUAUGUGUCGGACAACAAGUACCCAACAACACCGGCCCGGCGCCAGUUCUAUGUGGAAUCAUACCGAAAACUAUUAAAGGAUGCCUUGAUUUCCCGAGCAUUGUCGAGCAAAAAUUAUCGAAAGGAUGUGGAAACACCCAGACCGUUUGCGAGUCCCUAAAAUGCGUGUUCGAGAAAUCCGGCUGGAUAAAGAAGCACCAGCUGGUGAAGAGCAAGGUCAUCAGCGACUUGGAUAAGUUCGCUGAGGAGCACCCGGCCUGGUACAAUGCCACGCAAGCUGUGAAGGCUACGUGUGUGGCGCAGGACUUGCCAGCACAGGGGGUGUUCAUCAACUGUCCAGCUUAUGACGUUCUUCAUUGCGCGCAGAUCGUUUACUAUCGGAGCGCGCUCCCGGAGCAAUGGUCCACGUCUCCCGACUGCCUGUACCCUCGGCAGUUCACCGCAGCAUGUGCCUUCUGUCCCGAGGACUGCUUCUCGCCACAGAUCCCGUAUCGCUCGUGCAACGCGUGCCUAAACUACCCUAACAGGGCGUAAUGUUACACAGAUUUGUUUUUGGCUCGAAUAUGAGAAAACGUGAUUAUUAAGAUGUAAUACAGGUUAUCAUACAAAUAAAAUGUAAAAAAUAUAAUUUUACUGAUGUUAUAUUAAUUAGAAAGGCGAUUUUCGUCUUCUUAUGAUACUAAUAUAAUGAAUCAGUAACAUCCAAUAAAAUUUAAGAAAUCAUCGUUACAUGGUUUCAAUAAUUCGUAUUUUUGUCGUUGUGUAUAAUCAAAAUGCAGAUAAACUAACUUUGAAAUAAACUCGAAAAGCAAACAUCACAUGUCGUAA